CGGUACUUUUCGGUGCGACACCGGAAGUUGUCGAUAUUUGUACGAACUAACUUCCUGUUGUGAUUCUAGCGGCUUCUCCAUAGACUGUCCGUUCAAAAAGCUGGAAAAAGACCGCAACACUCAGGUGAAUCCUCCUCAGUAUCUCGGUGAUAUGAGACCGGUCUUAGCACGAGUAUAGAGCCGGGACCAGGUGUCUAACAGGGGGCCAUGGAUGAGACGUUAGCAGCCAGCUCCUGUUCUUCUGAACCGGACAGUCCCGGAGAACUGGACCGAGGAUGUCUGCUCGACCCGGCGGACUUCCUGUACCACGAUCUGUCUAUCGUCGUCCCUGAAACUCCCAGUCCACAGCUCGGCAAACGGAGGAGACGAGGUCGACUCUCAGACCAACACUUCAGCCCUGUGGCGGUCGGGGGCUCACCUGGACCUGACCUCCCCCCCGGCAGCGAACAAGGUUUCUCCUGUCGAUCUAAACGCAGGCGGCUGGCGGCGGCGAUGGGAGAGCAGAGCGUCGGCUUCCUUCCUGCAUCGUCUCUGAGGGCGUUUCCGCCAGACGGCUGGACAGAGGCUCCGCUGUCGACCGCAUCCUCCUCCUCCUCCUCCUCCUCCUCCUCCUCCUCCUCCUCCUGCUUCACUCCAGUAACAGAGGAGGUGGAGGAGGUGGCUCUGACUGUGGCGGGCUCCACAGCUGAAGUCAGUCCCGUUCCUCUCGCCUCACCCUCUCGACCCUCCACCUCUGACUCUCUGUCCUUCCUGACGGCGGAGGAGAGGAGGUGGCUGAACGCAGAGCAGGGAAACACCUCGACAGCAGCCGCGGAGCAGAUCGUCAUCAGCGACGACGACGAGGCCGCCGUUCGCUCGGCGCAGUUGGAGGAAGACGAGGCGUUGGCCUGGAGCCUGCAGGCCCAGUUUGACCAGGAGGAGGUGGAGUCACAGAGACACCAUCACCAUCUUCAUCACCAGCUGCACCAUCAUCUUCACCAGCAGACGUAUCUCCCUCAUGUGGAGCACAGCUGGACGUCUCUCGUCCUCGCCACCGUCUCUCCUCCGGUCGAAGACGAUCUGAUUGGUCAGCGCAGGAGACGAGGGCGGAGCAGGAGGAGGAACGUCCUGCCCGACCUCUCUGAGGAUCUUCAGGGAAACGACUACGAGGCUCUCCUGGAGUUCGAGGAGCGUCAGGGAGCCGUCGUGUCCAAGAAACUGACCCGGAGGGAGAUCCAGAGGUUUCCCACCAAAACCUUCCAGUCCACCAGCAGCGCCGGGAACACGCAGUGUCAGAUCUGUUUCUGUGACUACAGCGACGGAGAGAAGCUCAGGAUGUUACCGUGUUUCCAUGACUACCACGUCCAGUGUAUCGACCGGUGGCUGAAGGAUAACGCCACCUGUCCCAUCUGCAGAGCAAACCUGGCUGACGGAGACUCCCUCGCCCCCCGGCCCUCUGACCUCUGACCUCUGACCUCUGACCUCCUGGUGUUUGUACUGUUUUCUACCUGACGGCUCGCCUGUCGGUCGUCUCCUCUGUGUUCAGCUACUUGAAGAGUGUUACCUGUUUGAUGAACGACAACUCAUCACCUCCUGUUUUUAUUUUUUUAUUCAAAUGUUUUCUGUCAGACCUGAAGUUACAGGAAUAAAACAUUAAAACCUCGAA